UGGCUCUAUACGUGUACGGGUUCCACCAUUGCCCCGCCCUGCGGGGCUGCGCACGCGCCGCACGGACACCGGAAGGCAAGUGCUGUUGAGCAACUGGCAGUCGUGCGCGUGGGGGAUCCCGCUCGGCGCGACUCUCGCUAACACAAAAAAUGGCCAAGAGUUUAAGGAGUAAAUGGAAGAGAAAGAUGCGAGCUGAGAAGAGGAAGAAGAAUGCGCCGAAGGAACUCAGCAGAUUAAAAAACAUCCUGAAAGCAAAUGCUGAUGUUGUAAUGGAGGAGGUGAAGGAAAUAGCAGCGGUGGUCACCCCCGAGAAAGUCAAAGAUCAAGGUGAUGAAGUUAAGAUGGAGACACACGUUAAAAGAAACAAAAAGAAUCUUUUAGACCAACAUGGACAGUACCCAGUAUGGAUGAAUCCCAGACAGAGGAAGAAGCUUAAGGCAAAACGGGUUAAAGGAAAAAACAAAUCCAAAGUGGCCAAGGGAUUAGCAUGGUAGUUUUGAAGAAAUUUGAAGGGUGGAAAAGAGACUGUAGAAAACAGAGACACUCAACCUUUGGUGGCAUGUGAUCAGGCUGGGUCCAGCUACCAAGUGUAAAUUAUCAUUAAGUCUGGAGAGACUAUUAGAUCAAAAAUUGAUGAAAGGGACAUCAGCUUUAUAUCUAGUUAAUUUUAAAAGAAAAUGAAUUAAAAGUGUUAAGUGUUUCACCUGCCUUUGAGGUGACCAAUAUUUGUGGUUAUGCAUUUUUAAAUAUUUUCUCACUUGUUGCUGUGUUGGUCUUGAACACAGGAACAACGGAGAAACCAUGGAACCAACUAUGCACUAUAAGAGGUAAAAUAUUUUUACAGAAGCAUGUUCUGUAAAUUGACAGUGUCCCUUUAAUUUUCCUGUAGAACUAUUUUUUUGUUUGUUUUAAUAUUGAAGUAUUAAAUUAUGAAAACAUAUUAUGUGACUUUAUAUAGACAUUAUAAAUUGAAAUUUGGUUCAAAUUGAAACAUAGAAAACCCAAGACAAAUAAAAUGUUGCUAGUGAUUAUUUUUAAAAAUUCCAAUAGAAACGGUUAUUUUUAAACAAAGAAACCUUGUGUUACAGUGUUUGCAACCCAAACAUUGCAGCACUGAGAAAUUGAAAGUAAAAUAGACUUAAUGGAUUUUCAUUGUCCAUCUGAAAGAAUGCAAAGUCAUAAAGAGUAAAAAUAAAAAAAUAUAAACUAUACUUUAAACAUUUUUCUGAACAGUUGUAAUAUAGGUAAAUAAACAUGUUGGCAAUACAUGUGUGAUUUUUUUCUUUUAAAGUAGGCAAAUAACUCCUUAAUUUGGUAUUCCUGUAUUAUACUUUACAGAGUAGACACAAGAUCCCAAGUAUUGUGUGAUUACAUAGCAAAUGCUAUUUAACUACAUCCAGUUACACAUUGCAUAUUAAUCAACAAUAGUACAUAAUGACAGAUAUGAGAAUGUUGCCCUAUACCUUUACAAGAAAGGCUCUUGUUUCAAAAAUGAAUAUAAUUAAGAUCCCACUUGUGCAAUAUGUUGCCCACUCAAGGAUCUUUUACUCACAGAUCUGCACCUGUGUAAAGUGUAUUCCAGGACUGGGACCUAAGUAUUCUGAUUGCCCAAUGGUUAAAUGUCGGUAUGUGUAAUAUGUGGUAACUCUGCAACACAAAGGAAAUAAGAUUUAUGCUUUUUAAAAUAACGAGAUACCAGUUUAAGGUAAUAUGUUAAAAGCAAACAUUUUGGUCAGCUUGGUGUUGUCAUUACAUAAGACAUUUUUCUGGGUUCCAAGAGAAAUUUAUUUUUUUAUUAAUGAGUUGUGGGAGGAGGGAUUUCUUUUCCCUUUCAGUUCAAGUAAAAUCAGGUGAAAAGGUCCCGCAGGACAGAACACUAAGUGCAUAUAAGUUACUAAGAGGCAACUGGAGAAAUGUAUGCAUAAAAUCUAUUUGAAUAUUGUGAAUUUGUCCGUCUGUUUCCUAUAAUGAGACUUCAAAUUUAACCUGGUUACUUAAGUAGAUUAAGGUAUAAACUUACCUAAUAUUGUACAGUUAAUAUGUAUGUGGUGUUUGUACUUUGAAAAUACCUAUCUACUGAUUUCAUUACAGCUGUCAUACUGCAAAACAGAAAAUACCACAUUUAAUUAAACUAUUUGAAUAUUAAA